CGCUUGUGCCGCUGUAAUCAUAAAACAGGGUGUCAAUGAGCAUGCGCAAGAGAGAAAGUGAUAGGACUCUUUAAUUUAUGUCCCACUGUUUGCCGGACGGGCCGAGCUCUGUAGGUUUUUUGAAAAGCGGGGAAGUGGCAGCGUUGAACGGCCGCACAGGGUGGAAAAAAAAUCCGCGCACCCUCUGUUUUGUCGCAUCUUUGGUGACGUCCAAUAAUCGACUAGCUGUGAAGUCUCCGGGGCCGAGGCCUAAAGACUUUUCUUUUUGUAACGCAUACACAUUUUUUAGUCACCAUGCCUGGAUUUCGGUGCCCGUUUUGACCGGGUGUAAACCGAUGAAGCACUUUACUCUGUGAUUGAAGAGGAAACGGUGGGAAACGUUAGCCAGCUAAUUGUAGCUCCUGCUAACUGCCAGCGAGGAAGUGAGGAACGAAAAAAUGACAUCUCGGAGGUGGUUUCACCCAAACAUCACAGGUGUGGAGGCUGAAAACCUCCUGCUGACUCGAGGAGUGGAUGGAAGCUUUUUAGCCAGACCCAGUAAGAGUAAUCCUGGAGACUUUACCCUCUCAGUGCGACGAAAUGGAGCCGUCACCCACAUCAAGAUCCAGAACACAGGAGACUACUAUGACCUUUAUGGGGGGGAGAAGUUUGCCACUCUGGCGGAGCUGGUGCAGUAUUACAUGGAGCACCAUGGCCAACUGAAAGAGAAGAACGGAGACGUUAUUGAGCUCAAGUAUCCUCUCAACUGUGCGGAUCCCACGUCAGAGAGAUGGUUCCACGGACAUUUGUCAGGCCGCGAGGCAGAGAAGCUGCUGACGGAGAAAGGGAAGAACGGCAGCUUCCUUGUGAGAGAGAGCCAGAGCCACCCCGGGGAUUUUGUUCUGUCAGUCCGGACAGGAGACGACAAGACGGACAGCAGUGACAACAAACCCAAAGUCACUCACGUCAUGAUCCGCUGCCAGCAUGACCUGAAGUACGAUGUGGGCGGGGGGGAGAAGUUUGACUCCCUGACUGACUUGGUAGAGCACUACAAGAAGAACCCCAUGGUGGAGACUCUGGGCACCGUGCUGCAGCUCAAACAGCCCCUGAACACUACUCGUAUUAACGCUGCAGAGAUUGAAAGUCGAGUUAUGGAACUGAGCAAGCUAGCGGAGGCCACAGACAAGGUCAAACAGGGCUUCUGGGAAGAAUUUGAGACCUUGCAGCAACAAGAGUGUAAACUGCUCUACAGUCGCAAAGAGGGCCAGAAAGCGGAGAACAAAAACAAGAACAGAUACAAGAACAUUCUGCCCUUUGACCACACACGUGUGGUGCUGAACGACAGGGACCCCAAUGAGCUAGGCUCUGACUACAUCAAUGCCAAUCUCAUCAUGGUAGUAUCUGCUGUCAUGCCGGAGCUAGACCCAAAGUGUAACAGCACAAAGGUGAAGAAGAGCUACAUCGCCACUCAGGGCUGUCUGCAGACCACCAUCAGUGACUUCUGGAGGAUGGUGUUUCAGGAGAACUCGCGCGUCAUCGUGAUGACCACCAAAGAGGUGGAGAGGGGGAAGAGUAAGUGUGUGAAGUAUUGGCCGGAUAUGUCGUCGCUGAAGGAGUACGGAGCGAUGCGCGUUCGCAACGUCAGGGAGACGGCUGCACACGACUACAUCUUAAGAGAACUCAAACUGUCUAAAGUUGGACAGGGCAACACAGAGCGUACAGUGUGGCAGUAUCACUUCAGGGCCUGGCCGGAUCACGGGGUCCCCACAGACCCAGGAGGCGUCCUGGACUUCUUAGAGGAGGUCAACCUGAAGCAGGAGAGCAUCCUGGACGCUGGGCCUAUAGCGGUACACUGCAGUGCAGGGAUCGGGCGGACAGGAACAUUUAUUGUGAUUGACAUCCUGAUAGAUGUGAUCAGGGAAAAAGGGGUGGACUGCGACAUCGACGUGCCAAAGACCAUCCAGAUGGUUCGUUCUCAGCGCUCUGGAAUGGUGCAGACUGAGGCGCAGUACAGAUUCAUCUACAUGGCUGUACAGCACUACAUAGAAACACUGCAGAGACGCAUAGAGGAGGAACAGAAAAGUAAGAUUAAAGGGCGUGAGUACACCAACAUUAAGUACUCUUCAUCUGACCUGACUGGAGGAGAGCAGAGCCCUUUGCCUCCCUGCACUCCUAUUCCUACUCCCACCUGCACAGAGAUGAGGGACGACAGCUCCAGAGUGUAUGAGAACGUGGGCCUGAUGCAGCAGCAGAAGAGCUUCAGAUGAGAUUUACCCUCGGUUCCAGGAUCUUGAUACCUGACAGUUUUUUCGCCAGCCACACCUUGACGCCUGAGACUUGACCGUAAUGACAUGGAACAAUGGAAAAACACACACAAAAACACAAACGUGAGAGAGACCAGACACCAGGGUCCUCCUGUUCUCGCUCAUCUUACAUGAACAUUUGCCCUCUAGUUGAAUUCUAAACCACUGUGAUGAUCAUCAGAAGAGCCUUUGAGAAGCCUAGCAUGCUAAAUCCUACUACCAACAGUUUUAGGACUAGCCUUUGUAAAUCUCAAUUCAACAAGGGCUGCAAAGAGCGAGCACUCUUCUCAGAGGGAAAACCCUAGCUAACCUUUGCUCAUCUCACAUAUUUCUAUGUUUUCUUAUUUUAAUUAACCAAAGGAAGGUUAUGUAGGUUGUUUGUUUGUUGAUGGAAGUGAGGAGUUUUCUGAAUAAGGCCUGUGCCAAAACCAUGAAUGAUUUUAUCCACAUUUCUCAGCCAAUUAAAAGUCUCUAUUUAGCCUGGUCAGUGGGAGACGAGACCUUAUUUGUGGACUAAAGUGGGGCAGAAUUUCCAGUGAUAACGGUCUAGUUUCACUGUUAUAUAUAGAGGUAAUGUUUUUGAAUGAAGAAUGAUUGGCAUUGUAGUAUAAUACCAUUUUACUGUAAAAUUGUAAUCUACUGACUAAACAUGAAUUCCUUUUUUUUGCGCCAGAACUGCCUCCAAGUGAAAUCUUAAUUCAGGCUGUUCGGAGUGUGAAUUAACAUUUUUUUGUUGUCCAUAAAGUGCUUUUGUUGUUGGGAUACGCAUCGUCUGUUAGUUAACCAUUCCUGAGCUCUAGCCGUAUGCCCUUAUUGCUGCACUUUUAUUUAGCAGCCUAACAGUUACAGUCAAGCCUUGAUUCACCUGGUGGAUUUAUAAACAAUGUGGGCUUUAGAGGAGGGCCUUCAUGCCUGCACUUCAUUGUCAGUCAGUGUGAGGACGUAUUAAGAUUUCAGGGGAGUCUGUAGUAUUUCAGUUUCUCAGAUGCACGGCUGUCAAAUUAACUUUGUUUUUUAACUUGUGCAUAUAACUUUUUUUCUUUUCAUUCGCUUUUUUCGUACCAUUGCCUUUUUUGAGCACCAUAUAUGUACUUAAUUUUAAGUCACUGUUUUAAGAAGCAAUCACACAUCUCUUGGCUUUGACGCUAUAAAUAUAGUCAUUGCUUUGGUUGAGAUUGUUGGCCCUGUAAUAGUUGGCACCUGGAUUCAGAAGUUCAAACUUGUUUUGUCUUUUUGUUGAUGUUACUCAAACUAAAACAUUUAAAGGAAUAUAUUGUAAUUUUGGAAAAUUCGCUCAUUUACUUUCUUGCAAGAAGAUUGAUAAAAGAAGCUAUAGCCAACAGCGGAUUAGCUAACUUAGUAUAAAGACUGGAAACUUUGCUUUGUCCAAAGGUAGCAAAACCACCUACCAGCACCUCUAUACAGCUCACUGAUUAAUACAUAAUAUCUAUUUUCUUUAAACUGUUCACAACCAGAUGUGAAAAAAUAGGUCCAAUGGUUUUGUUAUCCUCAGAGAAAGCAAUGCUUGUUGUUUCCCCCUGCUUACGGUCUUUAUGCUGAUUCAAGCUAAUUACCUGUUACUUAUAGCCUUGAUAUUUUUCAGCACCUCUUGGCAAAAAAGCAAAUAAGUGUCUUGCCAAAAAUGUGAAACUUCAUUUAACUUCAUGUUCACACUAAGCUGCAGUAUUUGUAGAAAGUCUGGUGUUUGGAUCUGUAUUAAUCUGGUAAGAAACCACAACACUCAUUUCAAACGUGUUGACUAAGUAUUUUAUUUUUUGCCAAGCCUUCUAACACUAGCUUUGAGAAACUGCAGUCUUGAGACUGAACUUACUGUAACGGUGCUGACUCACAAUCUCUCCAUUAAGAAAAGGAAAGAAGCGACUCUCCUCUUUGCCUUGAGGGACAGUUCUCAACAACCACUGAUCCAGGAUUGAACAGCUUCUUUCUGUAACAUUUGAAAAUCAUGAAAUCAGUGUUUCUUCGGGGGCUGCUUCCUCCCAUCGGAGGACUCUGCUUACACCCGGCUGCUGCUUCACAGCAAGUGUUCUUUGAAAUGAUUCCUCUGCUCCCGGGUGAACGCCAUUCACUGACUGAGAUUUUCUGUAGUCUGGUGUACUGUAUGCAGUUUUAUCGUCAAACGGAUGAGUCUGUACUUGUCUCAUGUUUCUUGGAGAGCUUGCUUUUUGGUGUUUUUUGUCCUGUGGUGUGUGUGUGUGUGUGUGAGGAAGAUGUGUGUAAGUGUUGUGAGAGUGCCUAUCAGCCAUAUGUUCUUGGAUACUUUAUUGUUUUUGCUUUUUUCUCCCGGAUGAUAAAACUGCUUUCCAUUUAUCAUGUAAGCAAUUUAGAUGCAUAGACGUGCCUUCUAUGCAUAUGUGAUAACUAUUAAAAAAAACAGUGCUAAUUAGUUCCUCCACCAUUCAAGAACCUGUAACACUUAAAUGUGAAAUAUUUCAUCCUGAACAAUAAAAGGAAAAAAAAGAGAUCACGAUGCAAACAAACUAUAUUUUUUAACAUGUAUAUUGUACAUGAGUACCUGAUAGAGGAGAAUGUACUUACUAAAACAUAUCUACUUGCCAAUAAGAUAAACUGUAUGUAUAUUCCUACAGCCUUCUCUCUGUGACACAGGGAGGGACCUCUCACAAAGCUUAAGAGGUUUAUUGUAUGACUUUCAAUGUAGUUAACAGUGUUAACUUCUCAAUAACAAUAAAUGGCAGGCUAAUGCCUCAGUAAGACUGUC